AUGCGUUGGCAGGUUAUCUGCGGCACGCAGACGGGCCCCUUGCCCAUCUUCAGCUGGGGGGACUUCGGUGAUCAAAAGGAUCGCAUCAAGGGCCACCCGAUGAGCGUGGACGCCAUGGUGAAGCUCACAGAGGAGGAGGAAGAGGAGGACGAGGACGAGGAAGAGGAGGAGGAAGAGGAGGAGGACGAGGACGAGCACGACGACGAGGAGGAGGAGGACGAGGAGGAGGAGGACGAGGAGGAGGAGGACGAGGACGGGGACGACGACGUCGACCAGGACGACGACCAGGACGACGACCAGGAUGACGACCAGGACGACGACCAGGACGACGACCACGACGACGACGUCGACGACGACGACGACGAGGACGAGGAGGACGAGGACCAGGAGGACGAGGACGACCACAACCACGACAACGACCACAGACGACGAGACGACGACUUCUGA